AUGGAGAUUGGAGAGAUAAACAACGUUGCCAAUAGGAAAAGGAUAAAUGUGGAAGUAGAAAAACUGAGGGAAAAGGUUUCAAGAGAAACAGCAAAAAUCAUAAAACUGAAGGUCGCUCAAGAUACAGCAUAUUGGGAUCUAAAAGAAAAAUUGCAACAAGUUGAGGGCAAUCAUGAGAGACUGCAGCAGAACAUGGUUGAAGUGCAGAUGCAACACGAAACCAUGUCCGGCCAGUAUCAGGACGAGCUGCGACUCCGUCCAGAUACUUUGAAUAAAUUAACAAGCACUCGGGAGAUUUGCGAAGUGCUGGAAGACUAUGGGGAGAGGCUCAAGGAGACGCUGUCCCGCUGCAAGGCGGACCAGGCCGCGCUGUGCGCCGCCUACCGGGAGUCGGGGCGGCGCGUGCGCGACCUCACGCAGCGGCAGCUGCAGGCCGACGAGCGGCACCGGCUACUUGUGGAUAGUCUUCAGGACAAAGUGAAAGUGGGCAGCGAGCAUCACAACCAGUUGCUCCAAUUGUUUUCCGCUACGAGGCAGCAGGCCGAGGCUGAUGUAGGCGAGCUGAAGAACAAGCUGGACCAGGCCCUACAUCUUAAGGAUAAUCUCGUCAACAAUGUUAACGAGCUCAAUAGGAAGCUCGAAUUGUGCACUUUCGAUGUGGAAAAGAAGGAGCAAACUAUCUCGAACCUCCAGAGAGAUAUGAAGCAGUUAUUGCAAGAUUUCAACUCACAGAGUUCCGACGCAAAGAACACUUUGAUGAAACAAGAGAAAGAUUUGAAAGAGGCCUUAGAAGCGAACUCCUCGUUGAAGGCAGCUCUGAACAAUCAGGAGCAAUUCACAAAAAGUGUGUGCGAACAAAACAAUAUCCUGCAAGAGAAGGUGGCGGCCCUCGAGGAUGAGAAGAGCAGCUCCACUGCCAUUAUACAUGAUCUUGAAAAUAAGUUACAGGACGCCAUAAAUAUAAACGAGGGCCUUAAUAAUGAUGUCAGGUCAUUGAGGGAAGACAGAGAACGCUUGUUAACAGAUACAAACGAUAAAGAGCAGCUUUUGCGUUCUUAUAAAGAAGACGUGGAGAAACUAAAUGAACAGAUCUCUGGUAUGGAUGAAGAAAAAAAUGAAAUUACAUCCAAUCUUAACAAAGUAGUGGAAGAAUUAAAUGAAAAACAUAGGAAUAUAGAAGAACUUACUGCUACCAUACAACAUUUGAAUCAAAAGAUCGCCGAAAAUGAAAAUACGUACAAAGAACAUUGUGAGUUAUCAGAAGAGCAACUGAAGGAGCUGCGCGCUCGCGUGGAGGCCCUCGACAGGGAGCUGGACGCCAAGGCCACCGCCAUCACGCAGCUCAUGUCCGAGCUGAAGCUCAGCACCGACAUCAGGUCUAAAUUGGAGACUACAUUGCAGAAGGCUAAGAAAGAGAUAGAUAUAGAAAGGGACAAUGUGAAGGAGAGGGAAAGGAAGAUGAACGAGAGGAUCAACAAAUUAGAGACUGAUGUUAAAGACAAAGAGGAUGAACUGUCGAAGCAGAUGUCAAUAAUUUUGGAGAUGAGAAACGAAAAGGAUCGUCUGCAAGAGAAGAUCCAGGGUAUGCAGAACACCAUCGACAACAUCCAGAAGGAGCUGACGGGGCGCCGCGCGCCGCCGCCGCCCGCCGACCACGACGACAACGCCGUACUCACUCCCGCACGCAAGAACUUUGAACCAGCAUCGCCCAGUAUUCAAAAACCAGUGGAAUUCGCAGUUCCACGCAAGGAACCGAAGUUGGAUUCAAUGUUGUACAAUAUAUUCAGCGACAGCAGUAUGGAGGGGGAUACGCUUGACGUAUCAGAAGUGAACCGUCGGUUCGCGGCGCUGGCGCGCGGCGAGCGCGUGUCGCCGGCGCCGCUGGCCGCGCUCAAGCGCCGCGCCGGCGUGGCGGCGCCCGCGCGCGCGCCGCGACCGCAGCAGGAGUGCGAUGGCUCCAUAUCACUCUCCCAAGUAAAGAAUGAUAUGAAAAUGAAAGAACGCAGUUUCUUCAAAAACAAGAAAAGAAAUAAA